AUGGAAAAGAAAUUAGAUGACGAUGGUCAAAAGUUGAUAUUUAUAUUGGUUUGGUUUACGCGAUCGCGACAUACUUGCGAUGAAUUGAUAGGACUAUUGCGCGAAUCGGGUCAGACAGCGGCCGCCGACCAACUCGUUGAACACAAUACAUCUAAAGGACAUAAUAUUAAGGCUUACAAUAUGUGGGAACCCGAGUUUUGGGUGGCAGAAAUACCAUUUGAGCCGUCAAAGGAUAUAAUGAAGGGAAGCCUUCCCUUCCCAAUGGAUCGUAAGCCGAGAGGAAAGUGUAUUAUAAUAAACAAUGUGUCAAAAGAUGUGUUUUUGGAGUCCAAGAGAUUUAAAUACAUUUUUGAAAAACUGCACUUUCAAGUGGAAGAGAAGUACGAUUGGACUGCAGAAGAAAUGGCCAACAAUUUACAAGUGAUGGCCAAAGAGGCGGACAACUCGUCGCAAGCCUUUGUCGUAAUGAUUAUAACUCACGGAUUAAAAGAGCGUGUAUUAGGUGUGAAGGCGUGCGCAGCGCUUGAAGUACUAGAGCGUAACCCCAACGACACUAAAGCCCAGGUAGUGGUGAAAACAGACGUGAAGGAAAUUGUCGAUAUUGUGAACACGUUUUCCGUUAAGAAUUGUCCCCAACUUCUCAAAUGUCCGAAACUGUUCUUCUUUACGUGUUGUAGAAAUGUGCGGGAGACAAGCGAUACGUGCGCCGAACCGGAGGCCAAGCGCCGCGAUUUGGCCAAACCAAUCGGCGCCGUGGCCUCAGAUGAGGUUCCGGCCAUGAAGUCGUUGAACAAGAAAUGGGUUGACAACAACACCAAUACAUUUGUUUCCUAUUCCUGUGCUAAAGGACGCAAAACAUGGUUUUAUCCUUCGCUGGGCAUCACUUUCUUCGGACAGUCGUUAAGCCAUUGCAUCGCUCAAUACUCGUGCGAAGAGUCGUUAUCACAGAUAAUGAUCAGGACAUACGAUUUAUUGCAGUUAUUUGCCGCUCAAACGCUCAAACGAAACAAACUCAAUCCAACCGAGUUUAGGUGUAAAGGACUUACACGGAUGGAGAAAACAAUUAAUCGCGCUGAAUACUUCAGUGGUUUUAUCAAGUUUAAAUACAUUGUUAAACUAAAUGACAAACUCAUGGCCGAUCUUGAACAACAUCCCUAUUUCCGAGAUGAAAUGCAAAAAGUGGUCAUGCAAUUAGAGAGUGAGUGCGAAAAGUUGGUCUUUAUUUUGGUUGAGUUCACGCGUACGCGAAGUACUUGCGAUGCAUUGAUAGGCCUAUUGCGCGAAUCGGGUCAGACAGAGGCCGCCGACCAACUCGUCCGAUACAAUACGUCCAAAGGACACCAAAUGCAAAGUUUUAACGUUUCGGGUCCAGAGUUCACAGAUCCACAAAUACCCUUUCAGGCAUCUAAGAGUCCAAUGACGGGAACUCUUUACUACAAAAUGGAUCAAAAGCCGAGAGGAAAGUGUUAUAUAAUAAACAAUGUGUCCAAAGAUGUGUUUAUGGAGUCCAAGAGAUUUAAAUACAUUUUUGAAAAACUGCACUUUCAAGUGAAUGUAUGUCAAAAUUGGACGGCAAACCAAAUGACCACUAAUUUGAAAGCGAUGGCCAAAGAAGCGGAUGACUCGUCCCAAGCCUUUGUUGUGAUGAUUAUAACUCAUGGAUUAGAGGAGAGGGUAUUGGGUUACGAGGCGUGCGAAGCGCUCAGAGUAUUGGAGUUUAAUGCCAAUCACACGGAAGCCAAACAAGUGGUCGCCGCGGAUGUGAUGGACAUCAGAGAUAUUGUGGACACGUUUUCCGAUGAGAAUUGUCCGAAACUCCGAAACUGUCCGAAACUAUUCUUCUUUACGUGUUGUCGAAAUUGUAAA